GCAAACGUUCGUCUGUUAAUGUUCAUCUGGCUGUGAGGAAGUCGUCUCCUCUUCUCUCCUCUCCUCAUCAGCCAAGCUUCUAGAGGAAUCUGAUGUUUCAAAACCACACGCCAGAGUGUUUUCCAAAGAUGGGAGAACAAGACCCCAGUGACAGGCUGAGAGGAGACUUUCCAAAAGAGAUGAAGGAAAAUGGCACGGCAAGCUUCUCCCAGUUCUCCUCAAGCGUACGUGCCAUGGUGCGCAUUCGCCAGAAGUACCAGGCCAUCAAGAAACGCCGGCUUGAGAUCGCAGCGGUGGCGGCGCAGAGCCUAACGUCUCCACGGUCCACCAGCCCGAAGGUUUUCACCUUUGAUAAUCUUCACGACCCCAUAAACUCUAACCCCUCUUCCCCACGCAAGCGUAAAAAAAAGAGGAAGCUGCGGGUUUUAUAUCCGAGCAGCAGCUUGAGAGCUGUACCCACAAAAGAAAGAAGCCGUGCAAAAAACUGCCUGUAUUUGUUAUGCAUCAUCGUAUUUCUACAAAUAUACAACGCCAUUGAGAACUUGGACGACCACGUGCUUAAAUAUGAUCUGGACGGACUGGAGAAAACCCUUAAAAGGGAAGUGUUUGGCCAACAGGAAGUUGCAGAGAGUCUUCUCAGUCAUUUACACGAUUAUCUGUCAACUUACGUACACAAUAAACCUUUGGUGUUGUCGCUUCAUGGACCUACCGGAGUCGGGAAGAGCCACGUUGGCCGAUUACUGGCUCAGCAUUUUCGCUCGGUUGUUGGCGACGACUUGGUGAUGCAGUACUUCGUUCUCCACCACUGCCCGACAGACGACGAUAUCCCACAAUGCACCAAAUCUCUGGACUCUCACGUCUCUGAAAUGGUCACUCAGGCAGAGGAAGAGGAGAAGAUACCAGUUUUCAUUUUUGAUGAAGUGGAACACAUGCCUAGAGAGUUGCUGGACACAUUGCAAGACCUGAUUCAUCCCAAAAAUAACAACGAGUAUUUAAACGCCAUCUACAUCCUCAUCAGCAACUUGGGACGUGAAGACAUUACCAAGUUCGUUCUGCACAACUCAAGCAUCGCCGUCUCGGGCCGUCUGAGCUUGAAUCAGGAGCUGAACCCUUGGUUGCGAAGCUAUCUUCAAAGAUACCACAUGCUAUUUUUGGAGGCAGAGCUCCUGCCCUUUAUGCUGUUGGAGAAGAGCCAUGUAAUGGAUUGUUUUAUCGACGAGAUGUCCAGGGAAGGAUUCUACCCGGAUCGAUCACACGUAGAAAGGCUUGCAGAAGAACUAUCGUACUAUACAGUUGGCGAACGGGCGUUUUCUCACACCGGAUGCAGGCAGGUUGUGGCAAAAGUAAACCUUCUCUGAAACAAAAUCUGCCGUGCAGAUGGUUAACGUGAGGAAAAUGUUACUGGUGUCAUGAGAAUGACCGAUUUGUCACAUUUCAAUAUGCAUUCUAUGCAAAAAAAAGAACUUCUGUUGUACAGUUGUACAUUUCAUUUGUAAAAACAGUGCUGUAACGUUUGGGGUCAGUAAGAUUUUUUUGAAAGAAGUCUCAUCAAGGCUGCAUUUAUUUUGAUUUAAAAAAAAUACAGUAAAAACACUAAUACUGUAAAAUAUUAUUACAAUUUAAAGUACCUGUCUUCUAUGUGAAUAUAUUGUAAAAUGUAAUUUAUUCCUGUGAUCAAAGCUGAAUUUUCAGCAUCAUUACUGCAGUCGUCAAUAUCACAUUAUUCUCAGAAAUCAUUCCAAUAUGCUGAUUUGCUGCUCAACAAGCAUUUUUUAGGAUUAUUUGAUGAAUAGAAUGUAUUUACUGUCACUUUUGAUUGAUUUAAUGCAUCCUUGCUGAAUAAAAGUAUUAAUUUAUUUGAAAAAAAAAUCUUUCUGACCCCAGGCUGUGGAACGGUACUGUAUUUUCCCUCAUGCAUGUACUGUGAACUCUAAGGAACACAAAACAACAUUAAAUUUUUCUUUGUUUAUUAGAAUUUCUCAAGUUCCACUGGAAAAAUGAGGUACAAAGACCAACAUCCUCAAGAUUGUAAAAUUAGUUAUUGUAUAUGAAGAGUUCAGAUGCAAAACCAGCUAAAAGCCAUCUCGGUCAAAAAUGAGAUAAUGAUACUGAGUGAAUGCUCCUGACACAUAGUGUACGUCCAUCAAAUACUUUUACUUCAAACUCGUUAAAUGUCAGAUGGAUUUAGAGGCUUUUGCAUCUAAACUCUU